AGAGAAUGUUACUCGUAUUGCUCCUGGGAGCAGUAACAGUCUCUUCGUCAGCAGUUUUCCCACCCAAAGGAAAUUGCACCUCCGAACAAUUCCAAUGCUCCGAUCGAAGAUGCAUAAGCCUCAAAGCCAGAUGCGACUUGAUAAUGGAUUGCCCGGACGGAUCGGACGAAUUGGAAUGCGAUUUGCAGCUCUGCGAUGAGCCGGAGUUCUUCCGCUGUAAAAAUAACAAAUGCAUCAGUCACGAUUUGGUCUGCGAUAAAAUGAACGAUUGCGACGACUUCUCCGACGAGUUGAACUGCCAAAGCUUCCAGUCUUUGGUGGCGUCGGCUUGCGAGGAGGGCACCUGGAGGUGCGCCGAUAAAUUGUGCAUACCCAACGAUUGGGUGUGCGACGGCACGCCGGAAUGCAUCGACGGAUCCGACGAAACCAUCGGUUGCAGCAGGCAAAUCGAUUGCGACGGGUUCCGCUGCAAGAACAAGCAUUGCGUGCCCAAAGAGUGGGUCUGCGACCAUCACAACGAUUGCAUCGAUAACAGCGACGAAGAGAACUGCGAGGACCACGUCCCCAUCGACCAGUGCACGUUGGACAAGCGCAAGUUCCUCUGCCACAACAACGUGACGUGCAUCGAUACGGAAUCGGUUUGCGACGGACACAACCACUGUCCGGACAAUUCGGACGAAUCGCCCAAUUGCAACGCGUCCGCCAAGGCGUGCCGGGGCGAUCACAAGUGCUCGCACGUUUGCAUACCGCUGCCCGCCGGCCCCACGUGCCUCUGCCCCCUCGGCUACCACACGCUCGACGAGAAGAACUGCGAGGACAUCAACGAAUGCGAAACAUACGGUAUAUGCGAUCAAAUGUGCCGGAACACGCCGGGCUCGUACGAGUGCUACUGCGACAAGGCGUACCAUUUGGCGGAGGACAAGAAAACCUGCAAGGCCGAUGGCGAGGUGGGCGUCAUGGUGUUCAGUUCGAAGGAUCAGAUCAGAGCGGUGGCGUUGAAUUUGACCAGUUACAUCCUCGUCGCCAAGAACUUGAAGAAAGUGGUGGGCGUCGAUUUCGACGGUCGCCGGGUCUACUGGACGGAGAUAUACGGGGGCUACGAGAACAUCGCCCGGAGCGCCGAGGACGGGUCGCAAAAGGAGGUUUUAGUAACGGCCGGUAUAGAUCUGCCGGAGGAUUUGGCCAUCGACUGGUUGACGGGUAACAUUUAUUUCACCGAUGGCGAGAAGAAACACAUAGGAGUUUGCUCGCCCGACGGGACCCAUUGCGCUGUUUUAAUCAAUAAGGACAUCGCGAAACCCAGAGGCAUCGUUCUUAACGUCUUGGACGGCGACAUGUAUUGGACGGAUUGGGAAGAACCGUCGCGAAUCGGUUACUCAUUAAUGGACGGAUCAAAUGAUAAACCCUUCGUAGAAAAAGACAUUCAUUGGCCCAACGGUUUAGCAUUGGAUCAUCCUAAUAGCAGACUGUACUGGACGGAUGCUAAGAAGAUGACGUUGGAAAGCAUCCGUUUAGAUGGAACUGAUCGAAGGAUAAUAUUAGAAGAUAUCGUGAAGCAUCCGUACGCCAUAGCGGUAUUCGAAGAUAAAUUGUACUGGUCGGAUUGGGCGACGCGCACCAUCCAGCAGUGCGACAAAUUCGACGGGAAGAAUCACCGGACGAUGAUCGAAGAGAAGGAACUCAUCUACGGUAUCAGCAUAUACCAUCCUGCGCAACAGUCGCGCAGCGUAAAUCCCUGCGAGACGGCCCUGUGCAGCGACCUGUGCUUGCUGAAAGGUACAUCGUACAGCUGCGCUUGUCCGCAGAACAAGGUCCUACAGCCCGACGGAAUGUUUUGUAAAGAAUUGUCGCCUAUAGAGAGUCUCAUAGCCGCUCAUCGGGACAUGUUGGUACACAUCGAGCAUCCGAUUCUCGGCAGGCAUGUUGUUACAGCUCUACCGGGCGCCACUGGAGACAUUGAAAGCUUGGCAUUCGAUAGCUUCAAAAACGUACUGUACAUCAGCGAUUUCAAGACUAAGAGAAUCACCACUUUGCACAUGAAGACCGGUACCAGCAAAGUAAUGGAUAUACCCGAUUUGGGUAGAAUCAACGCUAUGGAUUUCGAUUCCAAAAGCAACAAUCUUUACAUCUGCGAUUCGGUCCGCAAAGUGGUAGAAGUAAUCAGUAUCAACACGAUGGCUCGGCGAAUUUUAAUUCACGACACGUUAGGAGAGUACCCGCAAAGUAUCGCGUUAGUUCCCGACGAAGGGGUGAUGUUUAUAAGCUUCGGAGGCGAGGGACGCAGCCACAUCGAUCGCUUCUUCAUGGACGGCACCGGCCGAACGCACGCCAUCGACACCAAACUGACGGGCCCCGUCGUGCUCGCGUACGACGCCGAUUUGCACAGGGUCUUCUUCGCCGACGCCGCCAACGGCGUCAUCGAAUCGACCAGCGUCGACGGCGACGAUCGCAUCCACUUCAGAACCGUCGACACGCACCCCACCAGCCUGGUGGUCCUCAAAGACGACGUGUUCUGGAUGAACGCCCGCUCGAAGCAGCUCUACUGGACGUCGAAGAAAGUCCCGUCGAACUACGACAAGAAAAUCACGCUCGCCUUCCCCGACGAUCCGGACAAGGUGCACCUGGCGUCGGUGACGUCGCGCCGCAAGGAGACCAACCUCUGUCGCAUCAACAACAACGGCUGCAGCCACUUGUGCGUCCAAUCGCAGAAAUCGAUCGUGUGCCGAUGUCCGAUCGGUUGGGAACUGAAACAGGACAAUCGCACGUGCGCCAAGCGAGUGGGUUGCAUCAGCGACGAAUUUCUGUGCGCGCAGUCCAACGCGUGCAUCGUGAAGAGCCUGCGUUGCGACGGCCGGAAGGAUUGCCUCUUCGGCGAAGACGAGGACGAUUGCGCGGCGACGAAGACGUGCGGCGACGGGCGGUUCCGAUGCGCCGACGGCGAUUGCAUCGCCGAAGGGCUGGCGUGCAACCUGCGCUACGAUUGCAAGGAUAAAUCGGACGAGCACGGUUGCGGCGACGUGAUGAACGGCACGCGAUGCGCGCCCGAUCACUUCGCCUGCUCGAACGGCGAAUGCAUCAGCGGGCAUUUCCACUGCGACGGCGUCUCCGAUUGCACGGACAAUACGGACGAGUUGCAUUGCCAGACGAAGGAGUGCAAUGUAACGCAGUUUAGGUGCGAUUCGGGCGCUUGUAUUCCCAAGGAGUGGGAGUGCGAUCAGGAUUACGAUUGCGCGGAUAAUUCCGAUGAACAUUGCGAUACGGUAUGCCCGGCGAGCCACUUCAAAUGCGACAACGGCCUGUGCGUGGAUAAGAAAUUAUUGUGCGACGGUUUCGACAAUUGCGGCGACCAUUCCGACGAGAAGAUUCACAUGUGUCACCAGAGGGCCCCGCACAAUUGCACCGCCUACGAGACGGCCUGCUCGUCCAACGCUUCCAUUUGCAUUCCUUUGGGAGCGAAAUGCGACGGCAAAUCCGACUGUCCCAAGCACGAGGACGAGAUCGGCUGCGCCAUGUGCGCCGACGAGGAUUUCGAAUGCCGCAGCAAACACCUCAAGGACUGCAUUCCGAGAUUGUGGUUGUGCGACGGCGAGAACGAUUGCGGCGACAACAGCGACGAGGACUUGAUGAUGUGCAGUAAAAAGAACAAGACCACGUUCGCUCCGGCCCAACAACCCUGCACCGACGGUUUCAGAUGCGACAACGGCGUUUGCAUCAACUCUACGUUGCUCUGUAACGGCAAACACGACUGCUACGACGGCUCCGACGAAGGAGGCUCCUGCUCCGGGUCCUGCGACGGCCCCAAGAAUCCCUGCAACCACGUCUGCGUCAAGACGCCGAAGGGACCGAAGUGCCGGUGCAGACCGGGCUACCGGUUGAUGGGCGACGGUAAAACGUGCGUGGACGUGAACGAGUGCGAGGCCGAUCCGCCGAUAUGCAGCCAACUUUGCCGCAACAAAGAUGGCGGUUACACGUGCGAUUGUUUCCAAAACUUUUAUUUGAGGAAGAACAUGAAAUCGUGCAAAGCGGCCGGUUCCGACAUGUUGAUCUACUUCAACGUGAACGGUGACGAAAUCUACGAAAUCUCGCCGAAGAACAAUUCGAUGAGCGUCGUCCAGGACGGGUCGAUGUUGAAGAUCUCGAGUCUGGCCGCCGUGGUGGACUCGAACGAGCUGUUCUACAGCGUACCCGACACCGGCGCCGUCUACAAGCUCGAUCCGGCCACCAAAACCGUUCGCUACAUCGAGAACUUGGGCGAGCCCAAACUGAUAGCGGUGGAUUGGGCGACGCGUAAUGUUUAUUAUUACGACGCCGAAUCGGACGCGAAAUCGAUUGGAGUGUGCAAUUUCGAGGAGAAGUGCGUCAAAUUGAUCGACGUCGAUGCUCAUCGACAGGUGUCCGCCUUGGCCGUGGAUUCGUACAACAAGGUUUUGUUCUAUGUGCUGAGAUCGUGGACGAUAUUCGCAUCGCCCAGUUAUGUUUUGUACAAAACCGAUUUGGACGGUAGCAACGUGGUGGAACUGAUCAAAACAAAUAUAGGUAACGUGGAACACAUCACCUACGAUUUGAACAAACGCCAGUUGUACUUCCACGACGAAAACACCCAUCAAAUCAACACGAUCGGCUACAACGGGGGCAACGUCAAACCGCUCUUCUACAAUGUAUCAUCACUGAUCGAAGGGCUCAAACUGUUCGAAGACAAUUUGUACUAUCUGCGCCAGGACGGGUUCCUCAUUAGGUGUCAGUUGUUCGAAGAGGCCGUCUGUCACUACGGUUUCAAUUUGCACAGUCUGGCCAGGGACGAUUUCGUCAUCUCGCACCGAUCCCUUCAGCCCUUGGUCGAAAACGUCUGCGACGGUCACAGUUGCCCUUACAUGUGCGUGGCCGGACGAGAGGGCUACAAGUGCAUUUGCCACGAUGGCUCGACUACUGGCGAAUGCGGUACACCACAAGACGACAACGGUGCGAACAAAUUCAAAGUAACCACCAUUGAAGGAAAAUCCAAUUCUUCGGCGUUCUUGUCGGGCUUCGGGGUGGUACUCGUGUUACUCGCUUGCGUCAUGUUUAUAGUUGGGUUGUAUUACUUGCUGAAGAAGAGAAGCGCAGAAAACAGUACAGCAGAUUUAAGUAUUGUCCGUUUUCAAAAUCCGCUUUACGGAAGACCGGUGGAAGAUGAGAAACCGAUCUUGGAACCCGGCAAGCACGAGUACGUGAAUUGUUUGUACGAACACAAAACGGAUGGCGGCGAAAACAGCAAUGCGGAACCCAAAACGUUUAACGUCUGUGAUGAUAAUUUGUGUUAAUUUAUUGUUUUUUUAUGUUUUACGUUAAUUAAGUGCAUUAUUUGAUUGUUAAUUCUAUUUAUAACACAUUAUUAUGUAUAUACAAAAUUUGUUAAAUAUUUAAUAAAUAUAGAGAAUA